GAAGGUGGACCCCGCCAUUAAGGGUCCUGUCCGAGUCCCGAUCGCCGUAGUGUCCGGUGGCGCAUGAAACCGGGAGAGGAUCGUGUCUCGGCGACCAAACGAGAACCGUCAUCCGCGAACCCGCUGAUCCAUAUCUCUUCCCGGAACCCGAGGAGAGGAGAUGAAGGCCCUCGCCGGAUUCCUCUCCCUCCUCCUCCACCUCCUUCUCCUCUCGGCCGCGGAGUCUCGGCGUCUCCACCUGCACCUGGGCAGCAGCGCCUACCUCACCACAGAAGAGCACUGGUUCAAUCAGACCCUCGAUCACUUCUCCCCAAUUGACCAUCGUCAAUUCAAGCAGCGGUUUUAUGAAUUUCUUGAUUACUAUCAGGAUGGUGGACCCAUAUUCCUUAAAAUAUGUGGCGAAUCUGCCUGCAAUGGGAUUGUUGAUGAUUAUAUAUCUGUAUUGGCAAACAAGUUUGGUGCUGCUUUGGUUUCUCUUGAGCAUCGCUACUAUGGGAAGAGUUCCCCUUUCAAGUAUUUAACAACAGAAAACCUAAGAUUUCUGUCUUCAAAGCAGGCUUUAUUUGACUUGGCAGUUUUCCGCCAGUAUUAUCAGCUUUCUACUAUUUUGUUUGUUCUGCAGGAAUACUUGAAUGCAAAAUACAAUCUCUCAAAAGUUGAAAAUUCCUGGUUUGUUUUUGGUGUUUCAUAUUCUGGAGCACUCAGUGCCUGGUUCCGUUUGAAGUUCCCUCAUUUAACAUGUGGAAGUCUUGCAAGUUCUGCAGUUGUUCGUGCUAUCUACAACUUCACAGAAUUUGACAAGCAGAUUGGAGAGUCGGCUGGUGCUGAAUGUAAAGCUGCCCUUCAAGAAGUAACCAAACUAGUUGAUGAACAACUUCAGUCCAAUGGAAGUUCAGUGAAGAAGCUGUUUGGUGCAGUCUUGCUAAAAGAUGAUGGUGACUUUUUGUACUUAUUGGCCGAUGCUGCAGUCAUCGCGUUUCAGUAUGGCAAUCCAGAUGUUCUAUGUUCCCCACUUGUUGAUGCCAAGAAAAAUGGGAAAGACUUGGUGGAAACAUAUGCUAGCUAUGUGAAAGAUUAUUACCUUGGACAAUUUGGAGCAUCAGUUUUAACUUAUGAUCAGCAACAUUUGAAGAACACAACUCCUGGUGUAGAGGAGAGUGCUAACCGACUCUGGUGGUUCCAAGUUUGUACUGAGGUUGCAUAUUUCCAAGUGGCACCCCAAAAUGAUAGUAUCCGUUCUUCAAAAAUUGAUACAAGGUACCACUUGGACCUCUGCAAAAAUGUUUUUGGAGAAGGAAUCUAUCCUGAUGUGGACAUGACCAACAUAUACUAUGGAGGCACAAAAAUAGCUGGUUCAAGGAUAAUCUUUACUAAUGGCUCACAAGAUCCCUGGCGCCAUGCCUCCAAGCAGACAUCAUCCCCAGAUUUACCAUCCUACUUGAUAAAAUGCCAUAAUUGUGGACACGGCACUGAUCUUAGAGGAUGUCCCCAGUCGCCUCUGAACAUUGAAGGUAAUGCUGAAAACUGUACUUCUCCUGAAGCAGUGCAGAAAGUGAGGCAGCAGAUCAUAGAACAUAUUGACCUGUGGCUCUCAGAAUGCCAAAGUACAGGACCUGAUGAUGAUGAACCUGACUUGUUUAUGGCAGCAGGAAGGAUGAUUUCAAGUGCUUGACUGCUCUCAUAAUUCAAGUUUAUUCUGAAGGCCUAAUUCUUCAUCAGUGAUAAAUUGAACUAGAGGAAGAAUGUAUUUAUUAGAUAUGCUUCAUAAAUAUAUCUGAGUGAUUAAUGAUGGACUUAAUCAUGUGAUUUAUGUAUUAUCAGAAUAUUUCUUUGCUCACGAAAAGGCUGUAAUUAUGCUAUGCCUAAAAUUUUAUUUGCAUGACAACUUCAUUAUAGACUUGACUUAUUAAAGGUAUUUAGGUUGCAAAGUGUCCUUAA